GUUGAUAUAGAAGAAGAAGAAUCACGUGUCAUAAAUUGAUGUUUAAUCAGCUAAUAUAAAGUAAAUUCCCUGCUGCAAUGUUUUCGAUAUAAGAAAAAUAAAUAAUUAAUUUCUACAAAAUGGCUAAAAAGGAAACAAAACUGAAUGAAACCGAUGGAGCAACUCAAAAUAAGCCCAAAGCUAAAAAACGGAAGCAUGUAUCAAAAGACAACGAUGAGGAAGUGGCCAGCAAGAGCUUAAUUGUGGAAGCAGUGGGAGACACAGCUGGGGACAAAAAUAUUGUAAAAAAUUUAAAGCGAAAACAUAAAGAUAAAGGCACAGUUAAAGAAAAACGGUUAAAGCAUGGAGACGGGCAGGAUGACGAUGAAGUUAUCGACGCUGCUGAAGAGGAACGUCAAGAACCCACUUUGGAAGAAAUUCGUGAAAGUGAAAUGCCUGAAAACGUAAACGCAAUAAUAACUGUGCGACAAAAGAAAAAACAAAAGCACAAGCAGCGCAUUGAAACGUUGAAAGAUCAAACCGUAAACAAAGAGCGUUAUCGCAACGAAGAGUACCUGCGUAAGUGGAAAACCGCACGUACAGAAUGGAAAUUUGAAAAACUACGACAAAUUUCAAUACAGCAAACUGUAUUUGACGAAGAUAAAAUUGGUGCAGAGAUGUGGCCCAUCGCUCUCGAAUACUUGUCCGGAUCCAAGGGAGCAGCCAAAGCACAGAUAAUUAAAUUAGCAGAACAAUGCAUUGAGGAACUCGAUAAACAGUGCGCCGAGGAAAUUGAUGAAGAAGAGCAGAGAGCUGUAUAUGAUUCCUCAAAAUAUCAACGUGCGCGUGACCUGCUGCAGGCCUUCGACUAAGUUUAGAAUAAACAAAAUUAUUAAUUCCUAUGAAAUGGAAUGUAAAUAAUUUUAAAUAUUUUAAGCUUAUCAAAACAGCUUAUUAGAAACUUCGUUAUAAUUAUUUUUUUAAGUUUAUAUUUUUUAACUUAUAAAUCCUAAUUAAAACUAAUAAUGC